AUGGGCAGUGGCCUACUUCUGUACUUAUCAUAUUUUGUUAACAAAGCAGAUAAGCAACAAAGUUCUAGCAAAUUAUGGCUCAACUUAUCUUCAGAUGCGAGUCAAUCAGGUGGCUCAGGCAGUGAUAACAAGCAAAGAGAUAAUAAAUGUGAUAACUUCAGUCCUGUGAAAAAAGAAAACGAAAGUAAAGUUAAAAUUUGUGAAGUAUGUCGUGCAUACCCUUGUGAAUGCAAUCCAUCUGCUCCUACGAUGUAUGACGUAAGAUUC